GAAAAGGUUCACAACAGUAACUACUUUUAAGAGUGCAUGUUAAGGUGUCUGUUGAAGGAGAGGAGAUCAGGCCUGGAAGGUGUAAGCUGGACCAUAUGGACUCUGGAAUAUCAAGUUCUCUCUCCAGCAUGUCGAUGACCCAGUCCAGCCCUGGUACCCCUGGUCGACCCCCCCACACCGCUGCCCCCGGGCCCCUCCAGGCUCCUCUUGGCACUGCUCUGGUCCAGUUCCAGCUAGGCCUCUUCAGGGAGGUGGUUCGGGUGUCUGGGGGGCAGCUCAGCUACUGCCAUGCCAAGAGACUGGCUGCAGAGAUCAUAGAACGCAAGGCUCCAGACUGUAGUGUGGUGGGUGUUGGGGAGAAGGUCCUCCUGUUCAGACACCAGACAGGCUCGGAACAUCUCCUCCACAGACUUACGGACCAGGAUGCACUGCUGGACGGCGACCUCAUAGAGAUCAUCGUCUCAGGAUCAGCUACUGUGACGGAGAUAAAGAUCCGCCCACACUCCCUGGCUGUCCAAUCAUAUCGCACCCCCACCUUCUGUCAUCACUGUGGGGAGAUGCUGUGGGGGUUGGUACGUCAAGGGUUAAAAUGUGAAGGUUGCGGGUUAGACUUUCAUAAGCGCUGUGCGCUGCAGUUGCCUAGUGACUGUAGCCGUGCACGCCGUCGUGUGUGUGGCCCCAGCCUGUCCUUAUUCCCCCCUGCCAGGCCUCGGACACACUCCCUCUCCACACCUGCYGGGGGCAGUAUGGAGGAGAUCAGUAUGUCCAAGCCCAGGCCCAGGCCUCCGUCGUGGGCAGAUCAACCGGUGUGGCUGGGGGUGGUCCAGGGAAAGGGUGGCGUGGCGGGCAGGGUGCCACACACCUUCCACAUCCACAGCUACACCAAGCCCACCGUGUGCCAACACUGCUACCACCUCCUUAAGGGCCUGUUCCGCCAGGGCCUGCAGUGCUCCGACUGUAAACUGAACUGCCAUCGUCGCUGUGAGUCCUCCCUGGUCCCUGCUGACUGUCCUGGAGUGAGGACCAACACCAAUGGGGAAGGAGACUCCGUGUCCAGUCUGGGCUAUCAGGACGACACAGAGGAGGAGGAUAUAGGAUGCAGUAUGACAUCACUGGAAGACCAUGAGGAUGAGCCAUCUACUGAGGACCCAUUCGCUGAGAUCAAGGAGGUGGGACACCAGCCACCAAUCACGAAACGUCAUUACUGGAUAUUGGACUGGAAGAAUAUUACUCUGUAUCAGAAUGAGACAAGCACCAAGUACUACAAGGAGCUUCCUCUGUCUAACGUGCUGCAGGUGCGAGGCCCCGCUCAGCUGUCUGGCCCCUUGUUGCCAAACAACAGUGCCCACUCGUUCGAGGUGGUGACGGGCACGCUGGUAUACUGUGUGCUGGCGGGCAGGGACGGGCAGGCCUGGGAGACCGCAGUACGCCAGGCUCUGAUGCCUGUCCAGAGUAGCGGGCAGGCGGGCAAACAGGGACAGGACCAUGGACCCCAGAGUGGAGAGAAACCGGACGUCAGUUCAGUGUAUCAGAUCUUCACUGAUGAGGUGCUUGGUUCAGGACAGUUUGGAGUGGUGUAUAGAGGCACCCACAGACAGUCUGGUCACCCAGUGGCCAUCAAGGUCAUCGACAAAACCCGUUUCCCUACCAAACAGGAGAGACAGUUGAGGAACGAGCAGGCAAUUCUACAGAAUCUGUCUCACCUGGGUGUAGUUCUACUGGAGGGAAUGUUUGAGACCCUGGAGCAUGUCUUCGUUGUCAUGGAGAAGCUCCAUGGCGACAUGCUGGAGAUGAUUCUGUCCAAUGAAAAGGGCCGUCUGCCAGAGCGCACGACACGCUUCCUGGUUACACAGAUUCUAGAGGCCCUGCGCUACCUGCACUUCAAACACAUCGCUCACUGUGACCUGAAACCUGAGAAUGUAUUGGUGGCCUCCCCAGAUCCUUUCCCUCAGGUUAAGCUGUGUGACUUUGGCUUCGCCCGAAUCAUCGGCGAGAAGUCUUUCCGCCGCUCAGUGGUGGGCACGCCGGCCUACCUGGCGCCCGAGGUCAUCAGUAUCCAUGGUUACAACCGUUCGCUGGACAUGUGGGCUGUGGGCGUGGUCCUGUACGUUAGCCUGAGCGGAACGUUCCCCUUCAACGAGGAUGAGGACAUCAGUCAACAGAUCACCAACGCUACCUUCAUGUACCCCCGUCUGCUCUGGUCUAACAUCUCACUAGAGGCGGUGAGUCUGAUCAACAACCUUCUCCAGGUGUCAGUGAGACGUAGGUUCAGUGUGGGGAAGGCCCUGGGACACCCCUGGCUACAGGACUUCCAGUUGUGGUGUGACCUGAGGGAGUUUGAGCAGAGGAUGGGCUGCCAGUACCUGACCCAUGAGGGAGACGAGGACCGCUGGAGACGCCACGCCCAGGAGAGGGGCCUGGUCUUCCCUCUCACCUCCCCUGGACCCCCGCGCGAUGACAGCCUGUGACCCGAGGCCCAAAGGUGUAAGGUCAAUGGCCGGACAAGAUGGCUACUGGACUACUGGUGUGUUUCAGUGGUGACCAGCAGAAACAAAAUGAAUUCUGUUGAACUGCUAAAGAAGCACACAGCGACCUAUGCUUUUUAUGGACAAYAGUCUUAAAAAGAUAUAUGAUUACUGUAAUUUUUUGUCAUGAUACUACUAUACUGCCUGCGUCUGAGUGAUGGAAGCCAGGUGAACAGGCCGUGGCUCAGGUGGCUAAAGUCCUCGAUGAUCUUCUUGGCCUUCCUGUGACAGCUGGUGUUGUAGGUGUCCUGGAAGUCAGACAGAGAGCACCCGAUGGUGCGUUUGGCUAAGCGUACCACCCUCUGUAGAGCCUUGCGAUCAGRGGCGGUGUGGUUGCCGUCCCGYCAGUAUGCUCUCGAUACCCCUGUCCACUUCAUGGUGCUGUUCACCAAACAAUAAACAGCAUUGCUAAUCUCUUGACUCGACACUCAGUAACUUGCUUAAUUUUUUAUCAAAUAUUUGCAAAUGUAUGGUGUUUAAAAUCCURUAUAUAGAGUGAAAAAUAGAUACAUUUAACUGGUGCUAUUGUUUAGGGGGUUAAUAUUAAAGGUUCUAAAAGGGUUUAAAUCUAGGUUGUCUUUCUCUGUCUUUUCCUCUCUAUCGCUCUCUCUUCCCUCUUCCCUCUAACCCCGCCCUCUGGCAAAACCCCUCCCACAACCUCUUCUGAGAAAAGGAAACUGAUCAGUCUCAUCUCUCUCUCUCCAGAGGAGUCAUGCCCAUAGGG